AUGGUGUUUGGUGCCAUUGUUGACAGGAUUGUUGAUCCUGUUCCCGACUCAUCUGCUGAACAACGUACAGUUGUUGAUUUUUUGAGUGAGAAUUACAUGAAAUGGUUUGAUCCGGAGGAGGUUGUAUUGGGGAUGGCCGCAAAGAAUCGUAGUCUGAGCAGCUUAUCCGAGUGGCUGAAUUCCGAUCCCAUUGAUCCUGAAUCUACUAACCUUGAUUCUUUUUUGGAGAUUCCUCCUUCAUCUGAGUUUCAUGACUGUCCACUAGUGUCUUAUGUAGAAAUGAAACUUGAUGAAACAAAUCUUUUAAAGAGAGAUAUCAAUGUGUCUGGUCCUCAUCCUGUUGUUGAGGCAAGUCCUAUGGAACCCUCCAUCCAACCCCUUGUGGAAGGUAUAACUCAAAAUCUUGUGCCCAUUGUUGUUGUUUUCCCACAUAAUCUAUUUGGGUCUGGCUUUAGCUAUUUCCAAUUGGUGACCAAGAAAUCCACAACACUUGUAACGGAACCUGUUAUUCCUGAGGCGAGGGCCUCUAAUGGUGAUACUCUGAACGUUCUUGUGAUUGAACCCGAUGCUACGACUACUGACUUAUCUCCCGAUGUUGUUUUGAUGAUGUCUCCCAUGAAUCUGAUCCCUUCUUUUGGAAAGGCAGCACAAAAUGCCUACACUGGUUAUCCUCUCUGCUUUACUUCCUCAAUUCCAUCGAUCUUAUGUUGUGACCAGUAUACCGAAGAGUCCCGUGUUAGCCUAAGGAACUGA